AUGAAGCUAUCCCCCUCUCUCGCCCUCUCUGUCUUCUGCCACUUUCUUUGUUUUGGUGGCACAGUGAUGCGUGUGUGCUGGCUUGUGGGGAAAGAGAAAUGCAGUCAGCGAAUAAAACUGCCACACUUGGAAGCAGUGGUAAUUGGGCGUGGCCCAGAGACUGGGAUAACGGAUAAGAAGUGUUCACGGCGGCAAGUUCAGUUAAAAGCAGACUGUAACAAGGGGUAUGUCACAGUUAAGCAGAUAGGAGUCAACCCAACUAGUGUUGAUCUCAUGAAUAUUGGCAAGGAUGAAGAGGUGAAAAUGAAGCCAGGCCAAGUUCUGCAUAUUGUGAAUAAACUUUACCCCUACACAGUGCAAUUUGCUGAAGAGUCAGGGAAAACUGUUACAGAAGCAGAAGAGAAAGUACAAACCUACAAGACGCCAUGUGAGGACUCCUGUGAGAAUGAUGAUGUAGAGCUUGUGCCCAGAAAAACGAUGAAGAUGGAGGUGGUGGAUACACAAGGCAGUUCUGCAAAUCCCAAGCUAAGCAAUACCAGUGUAUCUCCGCAUGAAGGAACUUCAAGCAAAAAGGAACCUUCAGGACACUGGAGUCAGGGUCUAAAGAGCUCCAUGCAAGAUCCAAAAAUGCAGGUUUACAAAGAUGAAAAGACUGUAGUCAUCAAGGAUAAAUAUCCCAAAGCACGUUACCACUGGCUUAUCUUACCAUGGGACCCCCUUUCAAGCCUGAAGUCAGUCACCAGAGACCAUCUUGAACUCCUGGAGCAUAUGCAUGCAGUUGGGCAGAAAAUGAUCGAACAGUGCCCUGCCAGAGAGAGUCUGGAGUUCAGACUGGGUUACCAUGCUAUCCCCAGUAUGAGUCAGCUACAUUUGCAUGUAAUCAGCCAGGAUUUUGAUUCUCCGGCCCUGAAAACCAAAAAGCACUGGAACUCUUUUACUACAGACUACUUCUUAAACUCUCAAGAUGUGAUAGAGAUGGUAAGAAGCAAGGGAAAAGUGAUGGUGAAAGAUCAUGUCUCUGAACUUCUCAAAUUACCCCUCAGAUGCCAUCGUUGCAAACAACAGCUGUCCACUAUCCCACAGUUAAAGGAACAUCUCAGGAAACAUUGGCCAAAAUGACUUUGCAAAAAAUCAUCUUACAGCGUGUCUUCGGAGUUCAGGCUAAAACAAAGACCUCAAAAUGUUAGUGGAUAUGUAUGUUUUUUGUUAACUGGAAUGACAAAUGUAAUGUGGGAAAAAGUAGCCUGGAAACAGCAGCAUACUAACUUUGUAAUAGCUUAAACAAAAAAACCCCAACACAAAAUAAAGUGACUUCUGAAAUUGAA